CAAAGGAGAAGUGCCUGGCAACACUACGGCACUGACCGAGCGCCGACCGACACCUCUGGAUUGAUACGUGAUAUUGGUGUCAGGAUUGCACAACUCUCAUUAGGAAGACAUGGGAUGGGUCAAUGGCAUCAAAGAAGCUUCACAUCAUCUCAUGGCAAAACUCUGAAGUGCAGAGCUGCUCCAUUUGGAUGAAUGAAAAGCUGGACACCAUCUGUGGCUUUAUGAUGCAUUUUACAUCCCCGUAGAUUAUAUUGGAAACAUCAGGAGCAGAAUAACCAUCACCUUUCAGUGCAUCAUCUGAAUGGAAAUAUGGACACCUUCAAAGGGGGCAUUUUGACUCAACAUGUCCAGGAACUAUGAGCCUGGUCAGUCAGUAGGGAUGUUGGCUGCCGUGGAACAUGGUCCCAUCCUCUGCAGCGACUCCAACAUCCUCUGCCUCUCGUGGAAAGGGCGGGUGCCGAAGAGCGAGAAGGACAAGCCGGUGUGCCGAAGACGGUACUAUGAGGAGGGCUGGCUCGCCACGGGGAACGGGAGGGGAGUCGUUGGAGUGACGUUUACAUCUAGUCACUGCAGGAGGGACAGAAGUACACCUCAGAGAAUCAAUUUUAACUUGCGAGGACACAACAGCGAGGUUGUCUUGGUGCGUUGGAAUGAACCUUUUCAGAAGCUGGCCACCUGUGAUAUGGAAGGGGGUAUUUUUGUAUGGAUCCAGUAUGAAGGAAGAUGGUCUGUGGAGUUAGUGAAUGACAGAGGAGCCCAGGUGAGUGACUUCACAUGGUCACAUGAUGGCACUCAGGCCCUCAUUGCAUACAGGGAUGGCUUUGUGUUAGUUGGCUCAGUCAGCGGUCAAAGACACUGGUCCUCAGAGAUCAACUUAGAGAGUCAAAUCACUUGUGGGAUCUGGACUCCUGAUGAUCAGCAGGUCUUGUUUGGCACCGCAGAUGGACAGGUGAUAGUGAUGGACUGCCACGGACGGAUGCUGGCUCAUGUCUUGUUGCAUGAGUCUGAUGGUAUUGUGAGCAUGUCUUGGAACUGUCCUGAUUUCCUCGUGGAGGACAGCACAGAAAGUGACACUGACUCUGAUGACAAUAUUCUGCCUUUAGUGCGAAGAGUCAAGCCUUUGUUGACGGUCACCUUCUUAUCAGGAGAUAUCAGUUUGAUGAACAACUAUGACGACCUCUCUCCUGCUAUAAUUCGCUCUGGGCUGAAAGAUGUGGAGGCCCAAUGGUGCUCCCAGGGAGACCUCCUGGCUGUGGCUGGCAUGGAACGACAUGGGCUCCCUGCUGAUGCUGCCUGUGCAUCCAUCAUGAGGAACGCCCUUGUUAAGUUCUAUAAUGUGCAAGGCGAACACAUUUACACUCUGGAAACACCUGCUCAGAGGCCCAUCACCACCAUCUGUUGGGGUCACAGAGACUCUCGCCUGUUCCUUGCAUGUGGACCAGCACUCUAUGUGGUGCGUGUGGAGCACAGAGUAGCCAGCCUCCAACUUUUGUGCCAGCAAGGCAUCGCCAGCGCCUUGCGUGAGGAGAAAGAUGUGGGGAAACUGAACAUGCCCUCGCUGCUCUGCUCUUACGUUACCACUGCUUUCAUACCCACCAUCAAGCCCCCAAUUCCUGACCCCAACAACAUCCGGGACUUUGUGAGCUACCCUACAGCUGGGAAUGAGCGUCUCCACUGCACCAUGAAGCGAGCAGAGGACAGUCCAGAGGCAGGCGGACCCUGCUACACUCUGUACCUUGAAUAUUUAGGAGGACUGGUGCCUAUUCUCAAAGGAAGGCGCAUCAGUAAACUUAGACCUGAGUUUGUCAUCAUGGAUCCAAAAACCGACGGCAAAGCAGAGGAGGUGUGUGUGAAUCCCAUGAUCUCGUAUGCAGACAGCUGUAACUGCUCUGACUCCAGUGACAUUGAUUUGAGUGAUGAGUGGGUUGGGAAGAAGUCACCAAAGUUAUCAAGAGGAAACAGGUUGAACAUGGAAUCAAGAAAAUCGCCCAAACUUUCACGUGCCAAUCAGGAAGGCCAACGGUCGCCACGGCUACCGUCAAAGAAGCCUCCAGUUCGAUCGCCUAGUCUGACACGGCGAGAGUUCACUAUGGAUGGAAUAACAGAGCACAACUACCUUGCACAAGUCACAUCUAACAUUUGGGGAACAAAGUUUAAAAUAGUUGGACUUGCUUCUUUCCUCCCCACCAAUCUUGGUGCAGUAAUCUAUAAGACCAGUUUGCUUCAUUUACAACCAAGACAGAUGACAAUCUACCUUCCAGAGGUGCGAAAGAUUUCUCAUGACUUUAUGAGCCUGCCUGUCUUCAAUCCCAACGUGUUCAGUGAGGAUGAGGAUGACUUACCAGUAAUGGGACCAUCUGGAGUGACAGGAGACAACCCUCCCUGUACAGUCAACAUUCCCAUUGCUCCCAUCCACAGCCCAGCUCAAGCCAUGUCUCCAACUCAGAGCAUUGGCUUAGUGCAGUCUCUUCUGGCCAAUCAAAAUAUUCAACUUGAUGUCUUGACCAAUCCGACGGCCACAGCUGCAGCAGCAGCUGCAGCAGCAGCUGCCUCUGUCCCUGUUACUGAUCACAGCCAGGAUGCUGUUGCAACACCAUACCCCGUUCCAGCUAGGUAUUCAAACCCUGGUCAGGUGAUCUUCAAUGGGUUGGAUAUAGGUCCUCUUCUCCCCGGUACUUUACCUCCCCCACCACCACCUCAUCAUCUCCCACCGCAGCCUCACUCACAGCGGUCUCAUUCACAGCCACCUUGCCAGCCACCACCCAAACAGUCUCAACAAAUUCAGACACAGCAACACCAGCAGCAGAAGAUGCACCAUCAUCAACAGCAGCAGCAGCAACACCACCAUCAUUCCCAGUCACAGCAGCAACAACAACAACAACAGCUACAGCAGCUGCACCACCAGCACACGCUUCAUCAGCAGCAGCAAUCAAGCCAACAACACCAGGCUCAGCCACACCAACAGAUGCAACAAACCCAGCAUCAAGCGACAAACCAACAACUUCAGCAACAGCAUCAAAUCCAACAGCAGCAGCAACAGAUGCAGCUGCAGCACGAGCAGAUGCAGCAACAGCAGCAGCAGAUGCAACAACAGCAGCAGCAAAUCCGGCAACAGAUCCAGGAGAUGAGGCAGCAGCAGCAGCAGCUCCAGCAGCAGCAUCAACAGAUUCAGCAGCAACAUCAACAGAUGCAGAGGCAGCACCAACAAAUGCAGCAGCAACUGAAGAUGCAGAUGUCGCUGCCUCCUCCUCCAUCUAGUUAUCCAACCAUUUCCUUGCAGCAGCUUCAUCUUCUGCCUCAAAUUCCUCCUUCAACUGAGCCUGGGCUUGACAGAGGGGACCAUGGGCACACGCUGAAGCCAAGUCUUCCACGGGCUUUACCACCCUCCUUCAGUGACACAGAUGGGUCUGUGGAGAUCCAGAUGAGGAAGGUGAAUCCUCCUCCUCCAUACCCAGGAACCGUAGUGUCUGCUGCUGCAGCUACAGCAACUGCUCCUCCUCAAACUCUUGUCACAAACUGCGACAGCCCAAGCGUCUUGGCACCGGACCCCUGUCUGAAGAAGGAUGAAUUUUUGCUUCAUCCUGUCACUUUACAAUACCAAACACCACUGGGGUAUGAAAGGAUCACAACCUUUGACAGCAGUGGCAAUGUGGAGGAGGUCUGUCGACCUCGCAGGCGCCUCAUGCGUAAUCAGAAUGCAUAUUCUGUCCAUGGGAUUGGGGCCUCAGCCACACUCAAAGUUACUUCCUCAGACAGUAAGAAAAUUCAGCUUCCGUAUAGCUCAGCGACUUUAAGUCGUUUAUCUGUCCCUCGAUAUUCUAUACCUAGUGGGGACCCUCCUCCUUACCCUGAUCCAGCCAAUCAAGUAACUGCUACACUCCCUCUUCCUCCUCCCCAAAGAAUGGAUAGCAGCCUGAUUCAUGCCACUCUUCGACGUGACCGCAGAGAUGUGGGACUCAAAGUACCGCAGAUGAUGGAAAGUUCAAGAACCCUUCCUACUAAGGCUAAAAUGAACAGCGCAUUAUCACUUUCCUACCAGCAGAGGGUGCCCACUGCCUUGUACACGUGCACACAAUGCAGCAGUAACAGCAGCAGCACCAGUGUCAGCGUCAGUGGAGGUGGAACAACAAGCAGCGGUAUAGCAGGUGGCACAGUGGUGAGGCAGGACUUCCCACCUGGGAAAGCUGCACACCACAGCACAAUUAUAGUGCACUCCAAAAGUGCCUCACCCAUGACAUCUCAGUCGUCUUACAGUCUGCUGGGUGCUGUGGAUAACAGCCGAGACAGGACAGUGUACAUUAACUCUGCUUUCACUGAGGAUGAGACUUUAAAUCAGCAGUGUCACCUUGAAAAAUCUGUACGUCAGCUGACUUUAGGGGAUGUCAGUUUGACGGUUAAACGGCCUCCACCUUACCAGUGGGAUACCUCCACCACAGAGGACUUCUGGCUUACUCCAGAACAAACAAUGUUAGCUCCCCCACCAGGACCUCAUAAACCACCUCCACUUAUUAUCAGUCAAGCUCAGCACCUGGACAUGGCUCGGCUUCCUUUUGUCCUCACAACGAAACCUCCAACUAGUCCAAGCACGAGCACUCUUACCUUUCCAUCCGGGUACCAGAUAUCCCUGUCACCUUUUCCUCCAAAUGUUGGUCAUAGUGGAGCUCCACUUCCUACCUUACAGAACCCUCCACCAAAUGAAGUGGUUGCUCCGUCUCCUUUUGCUCAGCAGGACCCCAGUUUGGUUUUACCGCCUGGCUACCCUCCAAAUCUGGCCAACUUGGCCUGCUGCCCUCUACCACCCCUGUAUCCAGGAGCUAGCUCAUGUGCCGGACUCCAACUGCACCCUGUCAGCCUACAUCCCUGGAACCCUUACCCUUGCCCACCACCCAUGCAAGAUCCCCCAGCACCUCCCUUGCCUGCCAAAACACAUCAAAUUCUAGAGAAACCGAUACUCUCUCCACCUCCUCCCACAGCUCCACCUCCACCACCUCCCCUGCCACCUCCUCCCCCACCUACUGAGUUGCCACCAUCCAAAAGUGCCACAGAAGAUCUUGCAGAGUCUUCCAACAAUUUUCCAGAGUCAUCGUCCCUGAAUGGCAGUCCCGUUCCACAGGAGUCAGAGCGCUUCAACAAGAAAAGCCGCAAAAGACUAGACAGCAGGGCAGAGGAGGUCAACAUGCCCACCGUCUCCGAGGGCAGAUCAAGAAAGGAAGGACGAGCUCUCUCUGACUUCAACUCUCUCAUUUCCAGCCCAAGGUUAGGCAGCAGAGAGAAGAAGAAGCCUAAGGGGCAGAGAGAACAACUCAAUAAAACCAAGAAAAUGAGCCGGACCACAAAUGAGUUCCAGGAUAGCUCAGAAAGUGAACCAGAGCUCUUUAUUAGUGGCGAUGAGCUCAUGAACCAGAAUCAGAGUAGUAAGAAGAGCUGGAAGAACAAGCGAAGCCUGCGUAUGGCAAGUGAGCUGGAGGAGAUAAAAUGUCGCAAAGCAAAUGAAAGAGAGGAUCGUAGUUUAGGCAGCCAAGGAUUUGUCUAUGUUAUGGCCAACAAACAGCCAUUGUGGAACGAAGCUACGCAGGUCUACCAGCUUGACUUUGGAGGACGAGUCACUCAGGAGUCAGCAAAGAAUUUUCAGAUAGAGCUGGAUGGUAGACAGGUGAUGCAGUUUGGGCGAAUAGAUGGGAAUGCUUAUAUCUUGGAUUUCCAGUAUCCUUUUUCAGCAGUGCAGGCAUUUGCUGUUGCCUUGGCCAAUGUGACUCAAAGGCUGAAGUAGAAAUGGUUAUUUUACAUUCUUCUGCGGGGGGCUUUACCUGAGUGAAAUUUUUUAAAGAGGAAUUUAAAAGGCAAGUUUAUUGUUGACCUAAAGGUAAUUAGAAUUAGUUUGCUGAGGACAAAAUCAGUCAGUCCAUAUUUGCAGUUCAUUUCAAUGCUCCAUUGUUAUUAUUUUUCAUGUAAAACACUUUUAUGUUGCAUUGAAUUGUAAAAGCGGCCUGGAGGUUAUGUUAUAUGUCUUGUGCGAAAGACAUAUAUUAAAAAUAAAUAGCUAUUUGCAUUUAUUAUAUUUAUCUAUUAAAAAUAUAAUUACAAAUAUAUUAGGGUACAGUGGCAUCCAAAAUUGUUAAUGUAGUGUCAAUAAGCCAUAUCAUUUGAUAUUUGAUACAAAAACUGCACUUUUUAAAAUAAGUUUUAAGUUACUGAGUAAAUAAAUUACACAGUUCCAUUAUGAGUACUGUUAUUUAACUACCUUUGUUCCAGUGAGGCGCGGUGAGGUUCAUGACAGGUGAAGCACUGCCUCACCUGCCUCUCCUGAACGCAUGUCACUGCUUAGUUCACUUUAAUCCCCAUUCAUUUGGGGCAAUUAUUAGACUUUUUUUUCCUAAAUAUUUGGUCUAUUGAAUGCUUUUAUUAAUUUAGUAAUUGCAUGAAGACGAAGAUUUGAGGCAUAAUUAGUAUAUUUUCUAUCCAUGUUACUUCUAUGAAGUGGUAAACCAAGCAUAGAAUAUUAAAUUCUCUUUGCCAAAAUAUUGCAAAUUAACACAUUUAACCAAUAAUAUCUUGCAGUGUGUUUUAAUGUUCCAUUUUUUAUCUCCACUCCUUUUUCUGUUUCAAAAAGAAUUUUGUGCUGUGGGAAAUGUAUGGUAUACAGUAAGUAUGUGAGUGCCAAAUUUAGGCUUAAAGUGAGUAAUAUAAUCUUUUUUUUAUAAAGUAAAAACCUAAAUCGGUCUCACUUGAUCAGCUCUGUUUUGCUUUUCUUGGGUGUUUAUUAUGCUACUUGAAUUCUGCAUCUGAAUGUGAAGUACUGUAGUUUGCCUAUUUGGUAAUUGGUGCUGCUUUAGAUAGAUAGAGGUUUUGUGCAAUAAUGCUACCUACUGAUGUUGUACUUGCAAAAGAAUAAAAAUAAAGCUGCUUGCACUGUGUACUUAGAAAGUGACCUAACAUCAUGUGUUUUUUUUUUUGUUUUUUUUUUGCUGAUUUAAUUAAUUUUGUAGUCCCUCUUUGCUUUGUCAUAGUAAUAAGGGGUUUAUGACAUUGCACAUGCAGAAAAAAUAAUAAAAAAGCUAUACAACAUAUUCACAAGUUAUUGAGACAAGCUGUUAAUAGGAUUAAAAUAAUGUUUGGUGCUACUGUAUAAAGACAAACAUGUGAUAAUGUCCAAACAUUUGUCAUUUAUUAUCAGAAGAUUAUUUUGUUGGAAAGUAUUUUGAGAGAACUGACAGGAAAUGAAAGAAAGUUAAUUUACAUAUUUUUCAUGCAAUUUAAGUGUCAUAAUGUAAGUUUUCUGCAUUACUGCUUAAUGAAUAAUUUGCUGCCAGAUUUUAUUUCUCUGAUUUUGUGAUGGAAAAUAAAAUGAUAUGACCAUAGGUUUGCAAAGAUCUAUAGGUUGACAGAAAUGUAAUAAAAAAAAAUCUACAGUU